AUGAAUUUAAUGCAUGAUGUUGCUAACUCGAGUUUUCACGAUUUUUUUUUUUGGCUUCAUGUUGAAAAAAAUAAGCCCGUAAACAUGUCAAAAAAGAAGGCCCAAUUCUGGCAGCUGUGCAGGCAGUUCAUUAGCAACUGAAAACCUAGUUUAAAGCUAAAGGAUCGAUUAGUUUUUACCCUAGCUCUUAAAAAUACGGUUGGUUAUCAAUAAUAAUCCAAUUCACAAUUGUAUUACAAAUUUACAAGUCGAAGAUGAAGAACAAGAGCGGAAACAGGAACAGGAAAUUCAAAUGGCACAAUCAAUUGCCGGAGCACAGCUAUCUCCCGACGGAGUUGUUAACGGAGGUGUUAGCAAGGUUGCCGGUGAAAACCCUAAUGAAAUUCAGGCUUGUCUGUAAACUUUGGUGCUCAAUUAUCGAUUCCUCUGAUUUUGUUUCUAUGCAUCUUAAUGUUUACAACAAAAACAGUAUUCGUCAUAAUCAUGUAUUAGUUUUGUUAAUGUUUGGCAGUCGUUACGAAUUGACAGUUCGUCCAAGUGACGCAUCUAGGAAAACUGCCGAAGUUGGUAGAAUUCCUGGGUCAUACUUAAUUGUUGGAAACUGUAAUGGGUUGAUGUUGAUGAAGUUCUCCCCUUGUAUAGCAGUGAUCGUAUUGUGGAACCCCUGUAUUAGAAAGUCAUUGAUUCUCCCCACUUGUCCUUUAGAAUUACCUGAUUAUAUUUUAGGAUUUGCACCCUCUAGUAAUGAGUAUAAGGUACUUGCCUGCAAAUUUUCCGGCAGGCAUAACUCUGAAAAUUUACGGGAGGCGACAAUUGCAGUAUAUUCUCUGAAUGAUCACCAAUGGAGGAUUAAACCCAAUUGUUGGACGAAUAUUUGGCGUGUGGGUCCAGUAGACGUAGUUUAUGGUAUACAACGUGUUUUCUGUGGAGGGGCUUUGUACUGGAUAGGAUGUGCAUCUAAUCAACUUCGUAUUAUCUAUGUGGAUUUUGAGCUUGAAAAAUUCAGCGACAUGCAAUUGCCAGAGGCUGCUAAAGGAAGUAGUAUCGUUGUCAAGUUUCUUUUCGUCCUCGGUGAAUCAUUAGCAAUGUAUGUUAUGUCCUGUGAAAGUAGCCGUAUAUUUGUUAUGGAAAAGGAUCGUCGUAAUAAUGUUGAUCCGUGGAGACUUUGGUUUCGUGUUGAUCCAGAUUUAAUUAACUCUCCCUCUCUCUCUCCUUUGAGUAAUAUAUUUAUCGAUGAUGGAUACCCAUUUUCAAAGAUUUUGUAUGUUGAAGAGAGAAAUGAGUUCUUGAUGGUUGAAAUGAUUGAAACGAGUAGGAAGAGAGAGUCGUAUCGACUAAUAUCUUAUAACAUCAAAACUCACCAACUAAAAGAGUUGAUGAAACCCCGCAAUGACAUGUAUUUAGAUACUUAUGUAGAGAGUUUGGUAUUGCACAAAGGAAUUCAAGGCCGUUUGGUAUUGCACAAAGGAAUUCAAGGCCAGAAUUUGACAUCCUUCCUCUAACAAGCCCAUUUAGAUAAUGGGAUCGAUCACAUUCAAAGAAGAGAUGACUUGACUUUGGUGGGGCGUUCUUGUCGAUUAAGAGUGCAAAAUCUGCCAUCUGCAUCAGCUUUAGUCGAGCAGCCAGUUACUUUUGGCUUUAUAGGAUUAUAAACAACUAGCUUAUGAGCUCGUUCAAUGAACAAGUAAUUAUUUAGUGGUUGUUAAGCGAUCGUUUAAAGUUCUAAUUUUGUUGAGUGAUUGUGAUUUUAGUGGGUUGAAAGUUGAAAAAAUAUACAAAUUAGAUGGUGGAUUAAUAUCGAGUGUUAUAUGAAUUAAAUGGUGAAUUGAUUUUGAAAAUGGAAGAUGAAUUGGGGUGUCAAAGUUGUAAAAUAAUUUGUGAAAUAAACAACAAAAGGAAAAAUUAGAAGAAAAAAAAAAUAAAUGAAUGGAGGAAAGAGGGGAUAACACAUGUCACAUGUCAUCUAAUAAUCCAUAGUCUUCUUUUUUAAAUACUACUAGGGUAUUGAUGUUUUUGAGUUUAUUAAUUUGACGAAUUUCUAUUAGAUUUAGGAUUGUAUUGCAAUUUCUAAUCGGUUUAGGAAGCUACUUUUUAAAAUCACCAUGAAAGUUCCUUAUAUAAACAGAGAAGUACUUGUACUAGUUAAUUCAUUAUAAUGCUGCUAUUCAAACGUUAGGUUUGUCAUUGAUUUUCUUUCCCUUAAUUGUUCUGUUCUACAAUGGUGACUAUUAAUCCCUCUAUUGAAUUAUAUAUCAUAACGGUACCGCCGUUCAUAGUAGUAGCUAUUCUUUUUAUAUUUUUCAUAGUGUACUUGAUAAUUAUCGGUUACCGCCAGGAAAUUUCUUUCUUUCUUUAUCUUUGGAAAAACGGACCAUUGAUGCUAGACCACAUCGGCGACGGCGACGGCGACGACUACUAUAAUCAUACGAUUAUUGAUAUUUCUAUGAGUUGUUUGAAGUGUCCGAUUUGUUUGGAAAGUUUUGACGAUGAACAAAACGAUAGAGUUAUCAUACUCAUUAAUCUAGAAGAUGACGAUGAUAGUAAGGUUGAUAGGACGAUUACGGUUUUGAGACAAUGUGGACAUAAAUUCCAUACAGAUUGUCUUGAGACGUGGUAUUUCAACUAUAAUUUGACUUGUCCUAUUUGUCGCGGUCCGAUUACUAGACAGUUCAAAGCAUAAAUGGAGUAGAGUUGUCAAAUUUGGUCUAUCGUAUGGAUUUUGGGUUGAUCUACGACAUAUCAGGUCUAUUUGGUUCGCGUCAAGUGCGGGUCAAAAGUUGUCGGGUUCAGAUCAGGUUUUGAUCGGGUCUAUUUGGUUCGGUCAAUUUCAGGUCGGUUAUAAACAGUUCAGGUGAAACCCACAUAGGAUUCCAAACGAGUUUGUACGGGUCAAACUCGGGACCGGUCGAUUCAACAGCGGCCAUAUCGGUUCGAAAAGAUUCUGGUCGGAUCAAUACAGUUCCAGGCCUAUUUCAACCCGAUUACUAAACAGUUAAGGAUAUGAGUGGUAAUUAUAUGUUGAUUAUGGACACAUGUACACGAUGUUUUCGUAUUUUUUUAAAAAAGAAAAUUCAAUUGUGAGUUACUCCGUAGUGCACGUACCAUUUCCUUUAUGUUGCAAGCAAAUUAUUUUAUUUUAUUUGUUGCAAGCAAUUUUACAUUUUUACUUAAACAGGAAUGGGCUUAUUUCGGUAUUUGUUAGAUUUGGUCCCUUUUCUGCUACUAUGGUUGAGCCUAGAGCAACUUAGGCACAAUUCAACAAUUCCUAAACCCACCCAACCCCCAUGCGCACAACUAAUUAAAAUCAAAGCUGC